AUGCCCGAGGGUGGAAGUUCAGCUUUUUCUCAAGUCUCGGGUUCUAGUCUGGUCACAAGGAGCCAAGAGCUGCCGGCUACAUCUUCCAAGGACUCUGUAGCACUUCAGAGGGAAAAUGACGAGUAUGGGGUGCACAAUAAACUAGCCGGCUCCGGCGGCCACAAUCAAAUCCUUGAAUGCAAUGAUGUUAAGGUGAAGGUUGUCGGAGGAAGACGUCGGCAGAGUGAAGCUGCAAGAAGAAAUCUGAGACUUGACGGCCUAAAUAAUAUAGGUGUGAACGCCAACCUUGAGCUGGUGGCGACGCCUCCGCCAGGGCCUCCGCCAGGGCCUCCGCCAGGGCCUCCACGCUGCAAUGCCAGAGGUCUGGCAGGUAACCCCGCCCUGCACACCCUACCACUCUCCGCACACCCUACCACUCUCCGCACACCCUACCACUCUCCGCACACCCUACCACUCUCCGCACACCCUACCACUCUCCGCACACCACUCUCCGCACACCCUACCACUCUCCGCACACCCUACCACUCUCCGCACACCCUACCACUCUCCGCACACCCUACCACUCUCCGCACACCCUACCACUCUCCGCACACCCUACCACUCUCCGCACACCCUACCACUCCCCGCACACCCUACCACUCUCCGCACACCCUACCACUCUCCGCACACCCUACCACUCUCCGCACACCCUACCACUCUCCGCACACCCUACCACUCUCCGCACACCCUACCACUCUCCGCACACCCUACCACCUACCACUCUCCGCACACCCUACCACUCUCCGCACACCCUACCACUCUCCGCACACCCUACCACUCUCCGCACACCCUACCACUCUCCGCACACCCUACCACUCUCCGCACACCCUACCACUCUCCGCACACCCUACCACUCUCCGCACACCCUACCACUCUCCGCACACCCUACCACUCUCCGCACACCCUACCACUCUCCGCACACCCUACCACUCUCCGCACACCCUACCACUCUCCGCACACCCUACCACUCUCCGCACACCCUACCACUCUCCGCACACCCUACCACUCUCCGCACACCCUACCACUCUCCGCACACCCUACCACUCUCCGCACACCCUACCACUCUCCGCACACCCUACCACUCUCCGCACACCCUACCACUCUCCGCACACCCUACCACUCCCCGCACACCCUACCACUCUCCGCACACCCUACCACUCCCGCACACCCUACCACUCCCCGCACACCCUACCACUCCCCGCACACCCUACCACUCCCCGCACACCCUACCACUCCCCGCACACCCUACCACUCCCCGCGCAGCUGCGCGCUGCUAAUGUCACUUUGCAUAAGAAUUGA